AUGUCUGCGAAAAAGUAUUCAAUCAUGAAAGAGAUUCAACUUACUUCGCGCGCUAUAGAGGAUACAAGCAAACGCAUCGAGGCGUUGGAGGAUAAGUUGAACUCCGAAUCGAUUCCGGAGAAAAAGAAAAAUGCAAUUAAACAAGAACUAAUAGAAGCGAGAAAACUAUUGGAAACGCACGAAGCUCAAUUGGAUCAUUUAGAAAUCCACAACAAAUCGACGUUUAUGCUUUGCGUAGGCCUGGUGUUCCUGGUGUUUUUAUUUUACAUGAUAUACAUUUUAUUUGCGAACGAUACCUCAUUUAUGGAUUAUUAA